UCGAAAGACUUUCUCUGUGUCUCAGUGGAGUUUCCACAGUCUCUCAGCUCUGUGCAAAGCAAUGGACAGCAGGGCUCAAGGUGGUAAAGCCUACGGCGUCCUCAAGUCUCAACAGGAAGAAAAACUGACCUCUGUUAAUGAGGCCUUUCUUUCAGAUCCCCAAUAUGCAGAAGAGGAAGAGCUUGCCUCAAAGCUUGAAAUGUUCAAAAAAAAAUACAUGGAGUUUGAUAUGAAUGACAAAGGAGAAAUAGAUAUAAUGGGGUUAAAACGAAUGUUGGAAAAAUUGGGUCUGGCCAAGACUCACCUGGAGCUGAAAAAGAUGAUGUCAGAGGUGGUUGGAGGGACGUCGAAAGACACUUUUGGCUACAAUGACUUCCUGAAAAUGAUGCUGGGAAAAAGAAAUGCAAUACUAAAACUGAUCUUAGCAUUUGAAUGCAUGGGGAAGGAACAGGAGCAGAAGGAUGUUGGACCACCUCGUCGCAAAAAAAUCUCAGACCUGCCUUGAACAAGCUCUCCAUCCUAACCUGGAAUGAGUCUCAUCGAGACUCUUUUUUUAUGUUAACUCCUAAAUGCUUUAAAAUUCAUGUCAAUAGAGGAAAAUCUAAAACUUUUGUAUUAAAUAACUGAAUCUACAUAAAAAUAUUUGUGCAUUCUGUGUUGUGUGAUUAUGACAGAAGCUUUAAUACUACAAAACCAUACUGUACCUACAACCUGGUGAUAAGUUAAACAUAAAAUAUAAAUGUAUGUUAUAUUUUGAUUUGCUCUAUUUUUGCUUUAAAUGUUUUUGUGAUGAAAUGUUAUUCGAAAAAUAACAAAAUCUAUAUACAUAUAAUAGAAAGUAACUGAAAAAAGAGGAAACUGUAGAAUUUAUUAUUUUUCAAAGACAUCAAAAUAAAGAAAAAUUGCAAUUUCUGUUUCAAAAAAGUUGAUUUGAACUAAUUGAAAUAGAAAUAAAAGAAGAGAAAAUAAAUAAAGGUUUUUAUUCUGUGGUUUAAUUCCUGUUCCUGUGGCUAUAUUUUGAAAACUCCGGAUGACCGGAAGCCGCGUUUGUCUUCCGGUGAACGAGGUCAUAGGAAACGAGCUGUAAAGUUUAUGUUUAUUAAUCUAGAGAAGGUGAGUAAAGUGAUUUAAUACGAACAGCAGUUUACACGCAACAGAGAGGACUCGUUUAUACAUGCUGCACUUAGAAUAAAUCAUUUCCACACCGUC